AUGACACCGUCUGUCCACCAAGUCCUACCUACCUCCGCGUACUACGCCCCCGGCGUCGUCUCGACGGCCCCCCGACUUCUUCAUGUAUCGGGCCAACCGGGCACCAUCGAGGGCACCGCCCCGGCGGACUACAAUUCGCAGAUCCAUCUGGCGCUGGUCAAUCUGCACCGCGUGAUGGCCGCCGUGGGGGCCACCGUCCGCGAUGUGAUUAAACUGACCUACUACAUCGUCAACUACGACCCCAACCACCGUCUCCACACCCGACCCCUACAAACCUGGCUCACCGGACAUCGCCCCGCCAUGACCCUCGUCCCGGUGCCCAGUCUCGCCGUCCCGGGGUGGCUAUUCGAGAUCGAAGCCACGGUCGCGGUACCGGAAUCCGUGCCCUCCUCACUGGCCCUAACUCAACCCACGGAGGACGUCGACGUCCUCGUCAUCGGCGCCGGCCUGUCCGGUCUCAUGGCCGCCGAAACGGUCCUCCAGGCCGGUCACUCGUGUCUGGUGCUAGAGGGCCGCGACCGCGUCGGCGGCAAGACCUGGUCGUGUCCCCUGCCGAGCGGCGAGGGCGUGAUUGAUCUCGGCGCCGCCUGGAUCAACGACACCAACCAGAGCAUGAUGAUCGAACUGGCUCGACGGGCUGGAGCGGAGCUAAUUGAGCAGAACACAACGGGCAAUUGUCUGCUGCAGCGAGAGGACGGGGCCGUUACCGGCUUUCCCUACGGACAGACACCUCGAAUCACGGCCCAAAUGCAAUCCGAAAUGGAAGCCAUCCGCGACAUCGCCGAAGCCGACUGCCAGGCCCUCGACUGCCGCCACCCCCGCGACACCACCCUCGACUCGCUCUCCUUCCUCGCCUAUCUACACUCCCGCGACGCCAGUCCCGCCGCCAUUGCCAACGCGUCCGUCUGGACCCGCGCCAUGCUCGGCCAGGAGCCACAGGACGUGUCCGCUCUCUACUUCCUCAAUUACUGCAAAUCCGGCGGCGGAUUGCUCCAGAUGCGAUCCGACCGGAAGCACGGCGCGCAGUACUUGCGCGUUCGACAAGGGACACAGAUCUUCGCAAAGACAUUAGCGGCGGGAUUGCCCGAGGGGACCAUCCGGCUCGGGGAGCGGGUGACAGCCAUCACGCAGAAAGAGCGCGGAGUAACCCUCGUUGAGUCCAAGGGGAGGGUAAUCCAAGCCCGUAAGGUGAUUUGCUCCGCACCAACCCCCGUCCUCAAAACCAUCCGCUUCGACCCUCCCCUCCCCGCCAAGAAACAGCUGCUCGUGGACUCGUUCCGCUACGGCUACUACACCAAGGUGAUGUUAUCGUUCCGGUCCGCGUGGUGGGUGACGCGCGGGUACUGUGGUCUGGCGCAGUCCUUCUGCGGCCCUGCGUCGAUCUAUCGCGAUACCAGCAGUCCAGCGGAUGGGAAAUGGGUGCUGACGGCGUUUUUGGCCGGUGAUGCGGGACGCAAGUGGUCGGAGUUGGGGAGUCAACGGGAGCGGGAGCAGGCGUUGUUGCGGCAGUUGGGGGAGAUGUAUGGGGCGGGGGAUCUCCCGAAACGGGAGUUCAUUGAGGCCAUGGGGCAUGAGUGGUCGACGGAGGAGUUGUCGGGUUGGGGAUGUCCGUGUCCGGCGCUGCCGCCGGGGGUGUUGAGUGCGGCGGGCGAUGCGCUGCGGGAGCCGUUCCGUGAUGUCCAUUUCGUGGGGACCGAGACGGCGGAGGAGUGGAAGGGUUAUAUGGAGGGGGCGGUGCGGAGUGGGCGGAGGGGAGGAUUGGAGGCUGUUAAGUGGUUGAGUCGGAGUAAUUUGUGA